GAGGCAACUUUACCGUUGACCACCACCUUCACCUCGUUCUUUGCUCAGUCCACGCACUAUGGCUCGUCAGUCUCGCUCUCGUCCUGCUCCUCGAGCAGCCCCAGCUGCUUCUGCUUCAUCUACGCAGACCAGGGGAGCUCAUACUGCACCUUACCCCGGGUCUUCAGCCCCUCCGGCCCACCAUGCUCCCCCUGUGCCUCCCCAAGCACAAGCUAACCAGCCCGGUCUUCUUACUCAAAUGGCUGCGACCGCUGGUUCCGUCGCUGUUGGUUCGACAAUUGGUCAUGGUAUCUCGAACAUGCUUUUCGGUGGUUCUUCCGCCCGCAACGACGCGCCACCUGCCCCGGAUAAUCUGGCCCAGCAGGCUCAGGCCGCCCCCGUGCAACAGCAAUCUUACCAGACCCAGGGUAUCAGCUGUGAUGUUCAAGCGAAGGAGUUCACAAAGUGUCUCGAGAAGGCAGAUCUUCCUUCUUGCACUUGGUACCUUGAGCAGCUCAAAGCCUGCCAAGCUGCUGCCGCCCCUUACUAGUCGCAUACCUAUCAAUGUAGCCUGAGCUGUUUUCUUGGGCAAUAUACACACGUAAUGUUUAUUCCGUCAGCUUGGCCUGACUGCAAAAAAUUUGUGCUCUCCACGGUAUGGGCAUGUUCGGGUCGGAGCUAAGUCCCUCAAGCUCAUUACCGAUCCUGCGUAUAUCUUAAUUGUAAGUGCAAACAGGACUGUCAAGUUUCUCUGAUGACCGUUGAACUUGACGUUUAUUGGGGUAUUCUCUUGUUGGGCCCCGGUCAGAUAUGUUUAUCUAAAGUGUAUAAUGCAUUGUAAUGCUGGAUGCGACUCUGCGAGGAAGGUUCGCAUUCCAGAUGGGUCUCCCUGUCCGACCAACACGACCUUCCGCAGAGAACCCAGUAUACUGCUAGUGAAUAUGCACUCUAAUCUCCU